AUGCAGCGCGUCCAGAUCCAGGAAGUUCUACCCAAAGCUGGCCUCGUGUACUCGGAGCGUGGCAACUUGACGGAAGUGCUGUGCAAGCCCAAGAUCAUGCCGAUCAAGUCGGCGACGUUACUGCGGAUUGAGGAGAUCGAGAAGCAGGCGCGCGCUCUGGCCAGACCUGCCACCGCCAACUCGCCUGGAGGCGAUUACUACCGUCCAGCUACGGCGUCAAGGAAGUGA